AUGUCGAGCGGUGGGCGAAGAGCACAUAAGAAGUCCCGCCAUGGAUGUGGCCAAUGCAAGAAGAGAAGAAUAAAGUGCGACGAGCGACCACCCCGUUGCAGCAAUUGCAACAAGCGGCGAGUUGAAUGUGAUUAUGAGCUACUAGGAUACCCACUGGCCGUACCUGCAGCAAGCAAACUGCAGCGGGAUAAACAAGUAUCGUUGGAUGGAAACUGCAGCAAGGAUAAUGGAUCCUUAAUCGUCUCGCCGUCUCUGUCGGAUAUGACUCUCAAUCUCCGACACCUGGAACUGAUGCAUCACUAUGUCACAAAGACCUCACUCACUCUCAUCAAUGUCGAUGAAGAUGGGGGUAUGUGGCAGGAGGGCGUUCCCAACAUGGCCAUCUCUAACGACUUUCUGAUGCAUUCUAUUCUGGCUUUAUCUGCGCUUCACAUCGUCCAUCUCCGUGGCUUGGAUGAAUACGCUACCGCUCGAUCUCAUCAUGCUCAAGCUUUUAGCUGCUUACACUCUGGAAUAACAGAAAUCACUCGGUCCAACUGUACGGCGGCUGUUGCAUUUUCUGCCCUGCUUUUGAUAUUUUCUUGUGGUCUGGCACAGAUUUCUCACGCGUUGCAUCACUGUGAUAAUAUUGAUAGCCUCUUGACUGUCUUGGUUGCCUUUCGCAGUCACUCCAGGCUUUUUAAUCCAGUGCAGCAGUGGAUUGGCGGGAAACUCACAGGCGACUUCAAUGCGCGUGGGGGUGAUGUUCGCGUGGAUCUCUACGAGGAAUCCAUUAUAGAACCAUUCCGCAUGCUUGAUCUGACCAACAAAGCCUCCGCUGACAACGAAGAAGAUAAGGCCAUAUAUCAUCAAGCCAUCCUGAGCCUCCAGGAAUCUGCCCAGAGUGUGUCUGUAUACCCCAGACUCCUGUGGCCUAUUACGGUCUCCCCAGAGUUCAUCGCUCUACUGCAAAAGAAACUGCAAAAGAAACGUCCAAUGGCCUUGGUCAUCUUGGCUUACGGGUGCGUGCUUGCCAAGUACGCACCCCUACCGCUGGUUUAUGCACAACUGGGCUGCAAACGUUACGAAUUCUAUCGCGAAGCUGAUCGAUCCGGAGUGGAUGUCAGCGCUAAGAUGGCCGCUCGAUGA